AUGGAGAAUUUGACUUCAACAGCCCCGGAUGUGACAACCGUGUACAUUACAUCAGCGGACCAAGAUGCCACUGGUUUUUCUUUCAAAUCCAAAACUCUACAGGAUUUAUCAGACCUUCAAUCGACAUCUGCAUCUCAGAAUCCAACCAGCGUCUAUCAGCAAACCACAAUCCCCGUCGACGUCGCUCUAUGCUCAGUGCACGAGUUCCUAACCUGUUGGCUCAUACCUGUCUCUUCCAUCUUAAGUCUGAUAUCCAUAUUCGGCAAUGUCGCCACAAUCACCAACAUACUGCGCAGGCGCAUGUACAAAAACGGAACUUACUUAUGCAUUUUGCUGGUGGCAAUGGGUGACCUUUUGGCGACUAUCAUAGUUUAUGUCUUUAUGUUUAUUCUAUUUCCCAUGAUGUUCGAGCUUUAUCUUAACAUUCCCCUUUGCGUUUUGUUUUUCUGGAUUGGGUACACUUAUCACUUCUGGGCUGGGAGUAACAUUGUUCUGCUUGCCUUUGAGAGGUAUUCUCUGAUCACAAACCCAUUUAAAUAUCAAACAUUUCAUAGAAAGCAUCGAGCGGUCAAGAUAUCGCUGCUUAAUUUGUUCAUUUUGUCCGUCUUGUGCAUUGCAUAUGCCGUCGUUUUAUCGUUUAUCGAAUCUUGUCCCGAAUUCUUCCUGAUAAUGUAUUACUUCGCUUUUAUCGGCGUUCCGUUUUUCUUUAUAAUUACAGGAAUGCUGCUGUUUUUACAUUGUUAUAAACUGAUCAAGAUAAAAAACAUGCCCAACCUUUCCCUUCAAACCUCAAACAAGAAAGGACAAAGCCACAGUUAAUUAACCACAUGUAGUCAUAAUUACACACAUCAUUUCAUAGUUUACCGUUAACUAACAAGUCAUAACACACACACAAUGUUAUAGUUUUCCGUUAACCAACUAGUCAUAAUACACAUUAUGUUAUAGUUUACCGUUAACUAACUAUUUACAACAUGUACUAUGAAAUAUAGUUUACCGGUUAAUUAAGAACUUGUCGUGCCGUGCUAUAGUUUACAUUUUGUUACUUAGUCAACAUAAAUACCAAAGGAUUAUUAAACAUUUCCCAAUUUAACAGCCAAAAGCCGUUGUGAUUAGCUAAUAUACAUGUACUUAUAUGUAUAAUUACUUUAAAUGCUAGGUCCUUUCAAAAUUAUUCAUUAUUCUCUUUGAAUUAAUGUUGUCUGAUCAUCAGCAGUAUUCGAUACUCCACAUUUCUGAGUUUUUCAUGUUUUUAUCACAGAUUUGGCGAUUAUUUUUGAAAAUGUAUUGUAUAAAGAAUUGUGGGUUUUUUUCUUGAUCGUUGUUUUGGCCCAGCUGUAUUAAGAAGAACAACAGUACUUCAUAUUAACUAUUUACCAUUUACCAUUUAGAAUUAAUCACAUUUCUUCUUUUACCCUUUUCAUAACUCAUCUUGGCAAACACGCUGUUACUUUAUAUCGGAAUACCAUUUCUGUUGGUUUCAAUUAAUAUACAAAGUAUGAAAAACAGAUAUAAUUUUAAGAAUGAAAACAAUACUUUGAGCUGAGAGUUGAAGAACUGUUAAUGAAUAUAAAAUAAUUAUGAUAUUAUGACCUCCUGUUGUUAAUCUCAGAACCAACCGGCUUCAUUACUGAACCCAGCUAUUGACCAAAGUAAUCGGAGCCGAACGCUACAGUGACGAGUAUAUUGUUACUGCCUCUGUUUUCAUGAACAGUUUUUAGAUAAUUGUAUAAUGUUUGUAAUGUUUUGUCUAGAGAAUAGAUUUCGUGUGUUACACCAUCAUUAGGGUAUUAAUCAAACCUCAUUUGUCGAGGAGAUUCUGUUAACCCGUAGUUCUGUUAUUGUUUCUUUAUAUCGCUAUCAAUCGUUUGUCCCCUGUAGGAAUUACAGUUUCUUUACUAUACAUGUAUUACGUAAACUAAUAUCUUGAUGUUGAUUUAAACUGUGUACAUAUAAACAUUCAAUUUUCAAUGACAUAAUAUCAUUAAAAAUAUAG